GUUACACAAGCCACUUUACGCGUAUACGGAUCCGUAGAAAAAAAGUCGCGUUAAGUGCUAAAAGGGGUUUUCGCGUCUUGGAGACGCGUCGAGGCUUGGAAAAUACCCAUUUAACUAUAGAACCUUGGUCCUUUUUCCACCGUCUACUUUUCCACAAUUUAAUUGUUCAUUUUAUUGUCCGCUUGCAAGUCCAUCCAAUUUGACUAAAUCGUCAAGAGUUGUUUCGAUGUUUGUAAUUUAUUUAUCCGCCUAGGAAUUGAACAUCAGAUUUAUUUCGAGAAAGGGAAGGAAAAAGAAAAAGAAAAAACUAUCAUUCACGGUGCCGCUUCUACACCAUUUAAGACACCUUCCGCCUUGGGAUAUAGGCUGCCUACCAACUCGGUCUCGACCCCGUUUACACCCAUUACACUUAUACUUUCAAACUCUCAUCUCAUUCAAACCCGCAGUUGCUUACACAAUGUCAUCCGUAAAGCGUAAAAGCGAAGGGCUCUCAUCCGGGGACGCCAAUAAGAAGCCCAAGGUGAACGCGAGCAUAACGUCAUUCUUCAGCGCUCCCAAGAGCUCGCCCGCCUCGUCCCCCGCGAAACCUGAUGCGGGCCCCGAUCCAUCGCCCCUCAAGUUCAACAAGGAGAAGUGGGUCGCGAGCUUGUCGCCGGAGCAGAAGCGCCACCUCCAACUUGAGAUCCAAACCUUGGAUCCCAGCUGGCUGGCCCACCUCAAGGAUGAGAUCUUAUCGGAAGAGUUUAUCAAUCUUAAAAAGUUCCUCGAGAGCGAGGUCAAGGCGAACAAGAAAGUGUUCCCCCCUAGGGAAGAUGUCUAUUCAUGGUCCCGCCACACGCCCUUCCACACGGUCAAGUGCGUAAUCCUAGGCCAAGACCCUUACCACAACUACAACCAAGCGCACGGCCUGGCCUUCUCGGUCCGGCCUCCGACGCCCGCUCCCCCUUCCCUCAAGAACAUGUACAUCGCGCUGAAGAACGACUACCCGGACUUCGUGCCGCCGCCCAACGGCGGGGGCCUGCUGACGCCCUGGGCGGAGCGCGGGGUGCUCAUGCUGAAUACGUGCCUGACGGUGCGCGCGCAUGAGGCCAACUCGCACGCGAAGAAGGGCUGGGAGCGCUUCACGCAGAAGGUGAUCGACCUGGUGGCGCAGAAGCGCACGCGCGGCGUCGUCUUCAUGGCCUGGGGCAAGCCCGCGGCGCAGCGCGUCACCAAGGUCGACACCCAGCGCCACCUGGUGCUCAGGAGCGCGCACCCGAGCCCGCUGAGCGCGUCGAGGGGGUUCUUCAACUGCGGGCACUUCAAGCUGGCUAACGAGUGGCUCGCCAAGAGGUACGGCGAGGACGGCGUGAUCGAUUGGAAUCUCAACCCCGCCGCGAAGAAGACGGAGAAGCUGGAGGAGCAGGAGGGGGUAAAGAAGGAGGAGGAAGUAAAGAAGGAAGAGGAAGUUGAGUCUCCUAUUGUAGUUGUGGGAGAGGUGGACGUAGAGAAGGGCGAGGAGGAGAGCAAAAUCUUGCAGGAGGAGGGUGAAGAGGGAAAAGAGGGAAUAGAUGGCAAAGAUGACAAAGAUGACAAGGACGAUAAGGAUGACAAAGACACAGCAGACGACGCUGAAUCGAAAUAAGCUCUACUCGUCAAUUGUGUGUAAUAUGUUAAGGGAUACAGGGUAUUGGGAGACCUCAUGUUCUGGUCGCAUAGGGUUAAUGGUCGGCGUUUAAUGUGGUUUAUAAGUGGCUGGAUUGGCGUAUGUUCAUAGCAUAUCGAGAUUGCAAUGAUCAACGAAAAACUGCCCUUUGGUAAAGAGUACUAUGUGUGAGUAAUAGGUUAGGAGGUAGAUACCUAGUUCGUACAAAUUGCAAAUUGUGUAGCUCAACGGACAAUGUAUUUAAUGGUCUACGUUGUUAACGAGAAUAUCUCUAGACUAGAAUCAUCAUAUGAAAAGGUCUAUGUCGUUAUGAUCGAUGCC